UUACAAGAAAUCCCUCUCUAUCACAUAGCCAUGCCCUUCAGGUGCUGCGUAGAAGGAUGCCUUGCGAUGUACGGACGAGAUAAAGUGAGCUUUCACAGGUUUCCAGCUAUCCGCACAGAAAGUAGUGCUAUGAGACGAAGAUUGUGGGCGGAGGCUGUUAAGGUAACAGGGAAGCAAGUUGAUAAAUUAUAUGUUUGUGGGCAACACUUCGAAACAGGGAGCCCAGCCUCACCUGGUGAAUCUUAUAAACCAAACUGGAUACCAACAUUAAAAUUGGACCCAAAAUCAUUAACAAAAUAUUGCACUAAAGAUCUUAAUUUGGAGAAAGAUGAAAAUGUGCGAAAAGAAGUAAGGAGAUCGUCAAGAAAUCCAUCAGAAAUCAAUUUUUCAACUAAAACGAAAAUUAUUGAAGAUGGCAUAAUAUAUGAAGAAGAUGAGUUAAUUGUAGACGAGUCAUAUUUAUUAAACACCGAGAGCGAGAUAAUCGAGAGUUUAUCAUCGUUUAUCAUGUAUGAGGACACCGAUAUUGACUAUGCAACUAUGAGUAAAGAUGAAUUGAUCGUAAUUGAGCCUGAGCAGACGAAUGCAUCAACUCAUCCAACUCAAAUUGAGAGUAGACCUAAUGAGGCUAGUGCAGCAAGUCCAUCUGAAAGUUCAACUUCUUCAUUUAGCUCCGGUUCAACAUUUUCAAGCAUAAUAGAGCAUUAUGAAAAUGAAUUGAAGAGAAAAGAUGACGAAAUUUCGUAUCUGAAAACUAUCAUUGAGAAGCAGAACAAAAUAUUGAAAACAUUCAAGUAUGAUCUUAAAUCAUUUGAAGGCCGCGACAUGCAGAUAGUAUGA